CGCUCGCGCAGGGGCGCGCCUCCGGGCGGGCGCCUCCCUCUCACACUCCCUCAGCUGCCAGCGCCGGCGGUGGCUCGCCGGAGAGGCCCCUCCUUCUCGCCCCGCUCAUUUCUCUUCGCUCGCGGCCGAGCGGGCUCCAGACCCUCCGCUGGCCAUGGCCGGCAACGUGAAGAAGAGCUCGGGCGCCGGCGGCGGCGGCGGCUCGGGGGGCUCGGGCGCGGGCGGCCUGAUCGGGCUCAUGAAGGACGCCUUCCAGCCGCACCACCACCACCACCACCACCACCUCAGCCCGCACCCUCCCGGCACGGUGGACAAGAAGAUGGUGGAGAAGUGCUGGAAGCUCAUGGACAAGGUGGUGCGGUUGUGUCAAAACCCAAAGCUGGCGCUCAAGAACAGCCCACCUUAUAUCUUAGACCUGCUACCUGACACCUACCAGCAUCUCCGCACUGUCUUGUCAAGAUAUGAGGGGAAGAUGGAGACACUUGGAGAAAAUGAGUAUUUUAGGGUGUUCAUGGAGAAUUUGAUGAAGAAAACUAAGCAGACUAUAAGCCUCUUCAAGGAAGGAAAAGAAAGAAUGUAUGAGGAGAAUUCUCAGCCUAGGCGAAACCUAACCAAACUAUCCCUGAUCUUCAGCCACAUGCUGGCAGAACUGAAAGGCAUCUUCCCAAGUGGACUCUUCCAAGGAGACACUUUUCGGAUUACUAAAGCAGAUGCUGCAGAAUUUUGGAGAAAAGCUUUUGGGGAAAAGACAAUAGUUCCUUGGAAGAGCUUUCGACAGGCCCUUCAUGAAGUUCAUCCCAUCAGUUCUGGGCUGGAGGCCAUGGCUCUGAAGUCCACUAUUGAUCUGACCUGCAAUGAUUAUAUUUCCGUUUUUGAAUUUGAUAUCUUUACACGACUUUUUCAGCCCUGGUCCUCUUUGCUCAGAAAUUGGAACAGCCUUGCUGUAACUCACCCUGGUUACAUGGCUUUCCUGACAUACGAUGAAGUGAAAGCACGGCUCCAGAAGUUCAUUCACAAACCUGGCAGUUACAUCUUCCGCCUGAGCUGUACUCGUCUGGGUCAGUGGGCUAUCGGGUACGUUACUGCGGAUGGGAACAUUCUGCAGACAAUCCCACACAAUAAACCACUCUUCCAAGCACUGAUUGAUGGCUUCAGGGAAGGCUUCUAUUUAUUUCCUGAUGGACGAAAUCAAAAUCCCGACCUGACAGGUUUAUGUGAACCAACUCCCCAAGAUCAUAUCAAAGUAACCCAGGAACAAUAUGAAUUAUACUGUGAGAUGGGCUCCACAUUUCAAUUAUGUAAAAUCUGUGCUGAAAAUGAUAAGGAUGUGAAGAUUGAGCCCUGUGGACACCUCAUGUGCACAUCUUGCCUUACAUCAUGGCAGGAAUCAGAAGGUCAGGGCUGCCCUUUUUGCCGAUGUGAAAUCAAAGGUACUGAGCCCAUCGUGGUGGAUCCAUUUGACCCCAGAGGCAGUGGCAGUCUGUUAAGGCAAGGAGCAGAAGGAGCUGCUUCCCCAAAUUAUGAUGAUGAUGAUGAUGAACGAGCUGAUGACUCUCUCUUCAUGAUGAAGGAGUUGGCAGGUGCUAAGGUGGAAAGGCCUUCCUCUCCAUUCUCCAUGGCCCCACAAGCUUCCCUCCCUCCAGUGCCACCAAGACUUGACCUUCUACAACAGCGAGCAUCUGGUCCUGCCAGCACUUCAGUUUUGGGAACUACUUCCAAGGCUGGUUCUGGCUCCCUUCAUAAAGACAAACCAUUGCCAAUACCUCCUACACUUCGAGAUCUUCCACCACCACCCCCUCCAGACCGGCCUUACUCUGGAGCAGAAACACGGCCUCAGAGACGGCCCCUGCCUUGUACACCAGGCGAUUGCCCAUCUAGAGACAAACUGCCCCCUGUCCCCUCUAGCCGCCCAGGGGACUCAUGGUUGCCUCGGCCAAUCCCGAAAGUACCAGUAGCUACCCCAAGCCCUAGUGAUCCUUGGAAUGGAAGAGAACUGACCAAUCGGCACUCACUUCCAUUCUCAUUGCCUUCACAAAUGGAACCUAGAGGAGAUGUUCCUAGACUUGGAAGCACAUUUAGUCUGGAUACUUCCAUGACUAUGAAUAGCAGUCCAAUAGCAGGUCCAGAGAGUGAGCACCCAAAAAUCAAGCCUUCCUCAUCUGCCAAUGCCAUUUACUCUCUGGCUGCCAGGCCUCUUCCUGUGCCAAAACUGCCACCUGGGGAGCAGGGGGAAAGUGAAGAGGACACAGAGUAUAUGACUCCCACAUCUAGGCCUGUAGGGGCUCAGAAGCCAGAGCCCAAACGGCCUUUAGAGUCAACCCAGAGUUCACGAGCAUGUGACUGUGACCAGCAGACUGACAGCUGCACGUAUGAAGCAAUGUAUAACAUUCAGUCCCAAGCACUGUCUGUGACGGAAAACAGUGCCUUUGGGGAAGGGAAUUUGGCUACAGCCCACACCAGCACUGGCCCUGAGGAAUCAGAAAACGAGGAUGAUGGGUAUGAUGUGCCUAAGCCGCCUGUGCCGGCUGUAUUGGCUCGCCGGACUCUGUCUGACAUCUCUAAUGCCAGUUCCUCCUUUGGCUGGCUGUCUCUGGAUGGUGACCCUACGACAAAUUUCAAUGAGGGUUCCCAAGUUCCUGAGCGGCCCCCUAAACCAUUCCCUCGGAGAAUCAACUCUGAACGCAAAGCAAGUAGCUAUCAGCAAGGUGGAGGGGCCCCCGCUAACCCUGCUGCCAUCGUCCCCUCACCACAGCUCUCCAGUGAGAUUGAGCGCCUCAUGAGUCAGGGCUACUCCUACCAGGACAUUCAGAAAGCUUUGGUCAUUGCCCACAACAACAUUGAGAUGGCCAAAAACAUCCUCCGGGAAUUUGUUUCCAUUUCUUCUCCUGCCCAUGUAGCUACCUAGCACAUCUCUUCCUGCCAUGGCUUCAGAGGAUCCAUGAGCUGGGCUCUUACUCAAGGAGCACCUAGGAAAGCAGUGGCUUCUUUUGGGACAUCACAGCGAGGUCCUGCCUUUUCUGUGGGUAUUGACACCCAUGGUUCCAAGAUUUCAAAGCAGUGGAACGAAAAUGGAGCACCUGGUGUGUUUCACUGUUGGAUUGGUCUUAAAAGUCUGUUUGUAGUCCUUCAGUCCCCAUUAGGAGAGAAUGGAGUUUAUUAAAUGAUAACCUACCCCUGGAACAGUACAGAAAGCAGAAGUGCUGUGCUGUAGCCCUAGUUAAGGACUUAAGACUUUGUUAUUAAGGGUGUGUGUGUGUGUGUCUGUCUGUCUGUCUGUGUCCUAUGAUUAUAAGAUUAUCCUGCUGUGUGUGAAUCCAGGCAGGGAGUUAGCACAAGAGCGUCAGGAAGGAAUCUCUGAAGGCUCCCAUCUACUGUGGUAUUGCACCUAGCCCUGCUGGAUGUUACAACCUCAACACUCCCCUCUGGCCUAGAUUAUCAUGUGCUUAGCUAAGUCUUAGAGUGUUAGGAUACCCUCUGUCCUUUCCCCUGGAGACACCUUACUCUGCCCUCUCCUCAUUGGUGUUCUGUAGGCUUGCUGUGACCUGAAGCCAAGCAACUUACAGGAUGUUCUUUUAUGUCUGAUGGUGUUGGUUUGUUUGGUAGAAUAGGUGGGAAGGUACUAUUCUGUGGUUACAGUUAUGAUUGUGCUAGCAGCUAACACUGGUGACUCCAAAGUGCUGUUUCUAUAGGAACCUUGAAUUUGUUAAAAUAAGAUGUUUGAAUUCUCCUAAUUACCUAAUGACUGGUUUGAGAUAGAGGCCUUCAUAUACAUUCCGUGUCUUCCCCAGAAAAUAGUCUGUGGGAGUCUGUUGCCUUGGUGCCAGGUAUGUGUUUUUGAUGUAGGUCAUGAGUCUUUCUACCUAACAGGAACAGAAGAACAUUUGUUUCCAGGGUAGCUUUGCAGCCCAAAUACCAUGGAGCUUUUAGGAAGCUUCAGUCACAUACUGUUUAGAUUUACACAGUAAACCAGUAAGGACUUACCUAUUCAGUCUUUCUUGCCAGUGGUUAAUUUCAGCUUAGGGAUUUCUCCCUUGAACAGGAGGGAGGUUAACCUUUCAGAAAUGAUUUCUUUCUUUGCCCUCUAAGGAGUAGGGAUAAUGUUGCUAGAGUUUUCCUGCCUGGCCCACAGUCAGGACAAAUCUCUCUCACCCGCCAGUCCCAAGCCGCUUAAACCCAAUCAAAUAAACACAGAGACUUAUAUUGGUUUCAAACUGUAUGGCCGUGGCAGGCUUCUUGCUAACUGUUCUUACAGCUUAAAUUAAUCCAUUUCUAUUAAUCUAUACCUUGCCACCUGGCUUGUGGCUUACCGGUACUUUACAUCUUCCUUAUCCUGAUGGCGGCUGGCCGUGUCUCCCUCUCCAGCUUCCUGUUCUCUCAAUUUUCCUCUCUGUUAGUCCCGCCUAUACUUCCUGCCUGGCCACUGCCAAUCAAUGAUUUAUUCAUUGACCAAUCAGCAACACAUUUGACAUACAGACCAUCCCACAGCAGGAUAACCCUAAUUACCUUACAGCAUUUGCUAAUGAGUGGCGCCUUUCCUACAUUGGUGUCACCCAGUGACUUGAUUGCUCAUGUGCCUAGGGCUUUGGGAGUGGUUUCUCUUUCUCCUUCCUUGCCCUCUUAUUGGGUCCUAGAUAUAAUCUAAUCACUGCAUUAUCCACAGUAUUCACAUCAUUCAUUGAAAUCUUUUAGUCAAAGACAAUUUGGGACAAUGUAGUUGGUGUAUUUACAGUUCAUCAAGAUUUGGAGUCAGUUUGGAGACCUGCUUCUCAGUCCCUGUUAUGACCCCUUGGGUUCAAUGAGUUCUCUGACUGGAGUCUUGCUGACUUCCCUGGCAGCAUUUACCCUUUCUCCUGUCGCAUGCAAGCUGUUUUUCUAAUGAAUCCACUCUAUUCUUUAGGUCCAGACAGAAAUGACCCACUAAGAGUACACUUUCUUUCCAUUCUUAACAAUUCUUAACAUUUUUGCAGGUAAAACCUUUUGAAGUCUCUUUUGGUUUCUGAAUGCUUCAAGGUCUUCGGGUUUUAUCCUCUUGCCUCAGAGCUAUUUCUGUUCCCAGGGUAGACAUUACAGUACUUCAUAUUGACUUGCCAUGGUUACCCAGUGACUCCUCUGCAUAGCAGUAAGUAGGAAACAAUAGCUUAUCAUCCACUUCAAAAAGCUUGUGACAUCCAAUUUUGUGUUUCUUUGAAUAUUGAAAGCCUAAACCAGGCAUGUUGACAUGUGCCUGUAAUCUCAGCACUUGGGAGAUGGUGGCAAGAUGAUCAGGAGUUCAGUGCCAGCUCAAAGCUACUCAAAACAAACAACAGGGGUUGAAGAGAUGGCUGAUCGGUUAAGAGCAUUUGUUCUUGCAGAGGACCCAAGUUGGGUUCCUCGCAGCUACAUGGCAGCUCACAACCAUCUGUCACUCCAGAUCUAGAGAGAUCUGAUGCCCUCUUCUGACCUCUGUGGGCACCAGGCACACACACGGUGUGCAUACAUACAUGCAAACAGAACAUUCAUAUACAUAAAAUUAAAUAAAUUUUUAAAAACGUAUUUAAAAACAAAAGAAAACAAAAAUUUGAAGACCUCAACAGAACUAGGAAAAAGCUACAGGCCCAGUCUGUCUCUAUUGGAGUGUUUCUUUCCCUGCAGAUAAUAGCUACUAUCUGAAGAUCUAUCAAGAAAACAAAUCAUUGACUACCUACCUUUUGCCUUUUCUGUGUAUCCAAGUCUUCUGUGGAGGGCUAAGGAUGUAGCUCAGUUGGUAGAGUGCUUGUCUAGCAUUCACAAAGCCCUGGUUCAGUCCCACACCACAUAGAACAGAUUGUGCUGAGGCAUACCUUGAAUCCCUAGCACUCAAGAGGGUGGAGACAGAAUUAGAAGCUCAAGGCCACUCUUGCCUACAUAGCAAGUUUGAAACUAGCCUGGGCUACAUGAAACCCUGCCUCCAAAAGAAAACAAAAACCAAAUCUGUGGCAAUUACUGCCCAUACUAUCUAGGGAAAUGAAAGUUUUGUCCUGCCCUUAGCUGGGCACCCAUGUAGCUCUGAAAUGGGUGUUGAGUGGGGGUGAGUGGCUGUUAAGUCCCUAUGCUGGGCAGACACAUCUUUGAUUAGCGUGGGUGUUGGUUUAUCAGAUGUGUAUCUGCAGGCAUCAAGGUUUCAGACCAUUGUGUGUAGGCCUUUCCUUUGCUCUCAGGAUAUUCUGGGGCCCGGGCCUGAUAUUAUUAGGUAGCCUUAGGAAGGUUUCAUGCCACUCAUUUUGAAGAUAGUCUCCAAAUUUGAAUUUCUUUUUCCUUUGAAGGCACCAAUAACCAAUUCUUCAUUUUCCAUUUGUAUGGUAAGUUCUAAUUCUUUGGCUCUUCUUCUGAGUUUACCUACAAUCGCCCUUUCGUAAACAAGCUUUAUUUUGAGUUUUGCUAUUUUUGGCAAACCCAUCCCUUUUCCCCCGCUCUGUGUUACAGUUAAGAAAACAGCUUUAACAUUUUCCUUUUCCUCAACUUCAUUAGGCCGUCUUAUUCAACAAAGAUUAUUGCUCCCUCUGUGUCUUUGUGGAUUGCUUUACAUGCCACCUCAUUGAUGGGUCACUGUCUUGCCAGGGCUCCAGGCAAGGCUUUUCUAGUCCAGUCCCAGGACUAGACUUUUCUAGCUGCCCUCCCACUGUCCUUCUAAAGUGAAAAGCUUUUUAAAUGUCUUUAAAAACCUGUGGGUUCUGAAAUAUACCUCCUAGUUAACAAACUGGGCAGCUCAUGAUCUCAGCCUUUGUAUGUUAGUAUUUAUUUAAGCAGUGAAUUGACCCUAGCUGACCAUUCUCCUUCACUUAUUCCCCUCUUCCUCCUCCCCGCCCCACCCCAUUUUCUUUCUCUUUCAAUUCUCAGACAUACCUGUCACUGGACCACAGUGUGUGAUAGUAGUACUGGCAUCCUUCAGCUGUUCUGUGGGUUUUUUUAAACUGGGGAGGGCAUCUGGGAUGGAUAGGAGUCACUAUUCUUAAUAUUUAAAAUAUUUAUUUCCUCUGUGGGAAAGAAAAUGUGUUUUAUGGUCCAAGUAGCAAAUUUACAAGUUAAUUUUUGUAAUAUAACUUGCUUGCAGACCAAACCAAGGACCAGCUGUGUAUUUCUUUUAUGGCACCAUUAACAGGAUUUAGUCUUUCUGUGAUGAUCAGCAAUGGUGUUAAUGCUGAAUGUUCUCCUACCUCACAUCAUGAGAAUCAGAAGGCUGCUGGCCUUCUCAGACUUUCCUUCUUUCUGUUGGCCUUUCUGACUCUGGAAUGAUCACUCCACUAAAUAGAAUAUUCUAACCACUGUCCUGACUAUAACCAUUUGCUAAUUUCUGCAAAUAUUGGAGUGAUUGCUAUGUGUCAGAAAUGUCAGCUAUAUGUUCUUCCCUGCCACCUCAUGGUGAUUUACUGGUGUUGGGAAGUUAACCAUGGGCUGUCCUUAACACUGUUUGCAUUUGACCAUACAUGUGUGUAUUCACAACUCUUUUAUGUAGAGUUACCUUUCAUUAUAGAGCUGUCCUGCUUAAAAUUGGCCCAAGACUUUCCUGUGAACCCCUGUUGUCUUCCUGUAGCUUUGAUAAUAUUUGGAAGAUUCUCUUGUGUAUACCUCAUGGAUUAUCCUUUUUUGCUACAGAUUCCUUAAACUCUUCAGUGGGUUGAGGGUCCACUGACUGAGAGUUGCACAGUGUUUAAGCAAAGCUUUUGCUGCAGUCUGCUUUCCAAUCCAGUGCCUUCUUUAUCUUUUUACUGAGCUGCUUUUGUCCCCAGUCCUCCUUGUUGGAAAGGUUUUGUUUUUACCCUUCUGGGACCUAUUACCAUCUCCCUUACAAUUUGGAAUUUGUUUUUCUUUUCUUCAACAAUCCUUGUGGCUAAUUCUGUCUUAGGAGAGGUGGAAGGGUUGGAAAGGGUGAGGACCUGAUUCUCAGUCUGGUCUUGUAGGAGCUGGUCAGGAACUGAGGCUGGAUUCUGUCCACAUAAGCCUUCCCAGAGCAGGCAGCUUAUGAUAGGUACCAGAGCCUAACUGCCAACACUAUCAUCUGGCACUUGAAGCUUCACAAUUCAGCAGAAGUACCCUAGCACUACACAGAGCAUCUGGAUUCAACUGUGAUAGCAGUCACACACACACACACACACACACACACACACACACACAGCCAUUUAAUGCAUGGGAGACUUGGUUCUUGUGUAUUACUGGGCUGGAAAAGUUAGACAUAGUCCCUCCUGCUUCACAGCAUAUUGGUAUACAUGACUUCAAAAUAGAUACCCUUGUUCUUGAGUUCACUUGAUCUUCUUACAGUGAAUGUGGUUCUUCAGAUUAGCUCAAUAAUUCUUGGAAAGAAUGGGAGAAAGUUAAACCUGUCUACUGAUUCCAUGGGCCAGACCAGGCACCCCGAGGGAGUCUGUACUGGGCCGUAUCUCUUGAGGGGAUCUGUUGGCCAAGCUAGAACUCAUGGAACAAGCCUGUCUUUCAGCUCUUGAAAGGUCGAAGUAGAAUUAGGAAUUUUAGGCCAGCCUCAGAUACAUUGCAAGGUGAAGGCGAGACUGGACUCUAUGAAUGUCUUGUAUGUUCAUGGAGAAUAUUUUCUCCUCUUCAUUUCCAGCAACAGGGAAAGCAGCAACACCAUUUGGUGCAUGAGUGGAGAUGCUCUCUUCAAGUGCGAAUUACUGAUGGAGUGGUUUCACUGCCAAGGGGCCUUUGGGUUCUUCCGCUGUAGUUUUCUUUAUGUCUGACAGUUUGAAGGUGUAAUCUUUCAUUGUGGGAAAGUCAUGGAGGCAGGAACAUGAGGUACCUGGUCACACUGUGCCUGCAGUCGAGGAGCAGAAGACAGUAAUACUUAGGUUAUAUUCUUAAGGCAGAAUACACUCAGCGAAAAUACUGAUUUGAGGGUUCAUACCCCCAUUGAACCUUACAGGGAGAACAGAGAUAUUGUGGCAGAUUGAGAGCUUCCAAGAAGAGAUAUGCAAAGGAACUUCCACACUGGAAGCACAGUUGCAUAGUUUCUGUUCUGCUAUUCAUCUGGGAAGUUGAAGAAAUACCCCCUGCUCCCUGCCUUUUGUUGGCUUUUCGAGUACAAGGUUCCUCUGUAUAGCCCUGGCUGUCCUGGAACUCGCUCUGGAGAUCAGGCUGGCCUUGAACUCAGAGAUCCCCCUGCCUCUGCCUCUGGAGUAUUGGGAUUAAAAGCGUGUGCCAUCACUGGCACCACCACCACCCAGCUGGAAAUCCCUAUUUUUAACUUACUCAGAGUCACUAUUAUCUUUCCUUUUGUUCUCCUUAGAGUCUUGGCACCCAAGAUUACUUUCCCCUAGUCUGUUCUUGGGUGGCAUUUCGUAGCCUCCAUUCACCCUCCAGUCCUCUUCCGUGUUCCUUAAAGUGCAGCUCUUAGCCUCCGCUGUAGCUGCUGCCUUUCGGCUUGGCUCUCUUCUGGUUUUAGUGCUGAAUACCUGUUCACUCUCUGGGCUCUUGACCAGUCUCCUACAUCCCUCUUCUUUGUUUGUCUUUCUGUGAGGGAGCCUGCAGUGACGUUCCUAGCUCUGCUUUCCUAGGCGCCAUUGAGACAUUUGCCAGGAUCCAGAUAUUUCCUGUGUCUAAUUAGCUUGUUCUGUGAGCUCCUUCCACAAGCUACCUGUGUCCUCCCUGUCUGUUGCUUUUUCUCUGGUCCUGUAAUAAGUGUGUGGGUUUUGUUUGUUUGGGUUGGGUUGUUUUGUUGUUGUUGGGGUGGGGGUGGGGGGAGUAAAACGAUGCUUCUGCUUGCCUGGAUCUUUGGAAUCCCAUCUUAGAGCCUGCCCUGUGUUUUAAGGCAUAUCAUACAUACUACCCUGCUUUUAACUUCUAAAUAUUCAAGUCCUUUGGUAUACACAGAAGUAACCUACUAAUCCAAAGAUACACAUUGAGGCACAUAGGAAGGGCAAGAGCAGAUCAUCAGAUUUUGCAUUUGAUGUCUAGUCUAGGCUCCUGAAUGAAGAUGAGAGGGAUAGUAGUGCCAUGUGCCUUCAGUGUCCCAGGAAAUCUGGGUUAGUUGCAAGGCAAAGUACCGGUGUUUCUUGGUUCUAGUAAGUAGCACAAGACUUAAGAGAUGGAGAAAUAGGGACAGGGAGGGCCCUACACAUUGUUUUGUGCCUGAUGAAGAGCACCAUGGGGAAGGGCCAGCUGCCGACCAACAGCUGCUUGGAGAUCUUGCAGCCUCUUCCCUGUUUUAGUGCUUGAGAAAAAUGUGGCUGACCACUCCUUGUCUUGUACAGAGCCCAGGCUGAGCGCCAGCCUCAGAUCUACUGAUUUGGCAGCUGAACAAAUCAGCCCUGAGUUGUGAUCACCUGGCCCUGCAGUCCUGAUUCAGUCCCACAACUGAAUGUGAGAUGCAAACUCCAAUUUUCCUUCCCUCUAAAACAGAAUGGAGGCCAGAGAAGAUUGCUCAGUGCAUGCUGUGUACAGCUCCUCAGGCUCACACUGCCUCCUCACAUAGGCCCGGAAGUGGGGUGUGUGGUGCCUGUGUUGCUCCUUCCCCACUACCUCUCACCCAGUGGUGGAGAGGGUGACCAUGUUGGCUGUCUUGAAGUGGUAAGAGGAUGACAGACCCUGAGCUCUCUCUCGGCCUCUCCCCUGCUCUCUGGGCUAGUGAGCCUGCCUGCAAUGCACAGGAGAGGGGCUGGCCUCUGACCGCCUCCUCAGCACCCUUACGUGGGAAGUCUGACCUCUGCUGAGACAUGCUGGGCAUGGCAGCUGUAAGGUACCUCCUACAUCUGCUUUCUGGCUGUGCUGACUUGGGAUUUUUAACCUUAUAUAUCUUUUUCCUUUAUUCAAAACAAAACAAUUUUUAGCACACUGAAAAAAAAAAAGCCAAAUGUUUUGUGCCUUUCUAAGGCAGCACUGUAUCCCAGGCUGCAUUUUAGGACUUAAUAUGGAAAUACCAGAGUCUGAGCUCCUCUACCUUGAGUAUCUUUAGCCCUAGAGUCUUGGGGACAAGGAUGUCUGGCUGGAGAGGUGGCACAUAGGUGCCUGUAGUCUCCUUCCUCUGCCAGGAGGCUUCAUUGGAAAAGAGCAGCAUUUUCUCCUGGCAUCACUUGGUUGGUCCAAGCAGCCGUUAGUGGUCCUCUGCUCUAGAUGUCCUGCUCACGAAGCCUCCUGGUAGCAGUGCCCUGCCGAGUGGAGCUGAGAGGGACUCUCCCGGGAAGGGGAGAUGGUUCAUUUGUUGUCUUUUCAUUUUGCUGGAUCUUGAGCCAGCUUCAACCUCCUGCCUCUCCUCAGACGUGGCUUUCAUUUGAAGGCUCCAACCUUAAAGCAGUAAGUGGCUGGUACCCCCCCCUCCAGAGUGUCUGCUUGCACCCAGGGAGGGGCCGUGGGACCCGGAAGCCUUUCACUAAUACGAUUAUCACAGGUUUCAACCCCAAGUUGUCUUACCUCCCUUUCCCUGUUUCCCCCCUGCCUGUAGCUAACAAAGAGUAGGGGAUAGAAAUAGUUCUUAAGUUCCUCCUCAUUCAAGAUCUUAAAAUUCUUGACUUGGGUGGGGCAAGAGAGAACUUGACAUUUUCCCCAGAAUAGAGUCCCAAUUUGUAUAUCAGUGUUAAGAGAACAAAACACACUUAGGUGAGAUUCUCGUGGACUAUUUUUUAAAUGUCAUUAAUAUAAAAAGAUUUCUAUUAGCAGUAUUUAAUCAAUCACUCUCCUAUAAAGAGCAGACAGAGGUAAAUACUCCUGCAGAGUAGUAGAGCUUUAAGACUCAAUUCUCUCAAGUCCAUGUUGUUUUGCCAGUGUACUGAUGUGUAGAGGUCUGUUAUACUAAUUAGAGGUCUGUUAUACUAAUGUUAUUUAUUAAUUUUUUUCAUUUCCAUACAGUUAACUAAAGAGCUUUUUCAAGCACCCAUGUCUGUAAAAAAAAUAUUUUUAAAUAAAAUUUCUUUUGUUGUAGCA